UCAUCUGCAAGCAUUCUGUGCUUUGAUUUCGUUUUCGCUACUUCAAUCAGUUUGACGCUCUCCAAACAAAUUGAUUUUGCUUUCAAACCUAUUUAUAUGCAAGUGAAAUAACUACAACAAAAAAGAUAAUAAUUUUAUUUGUGGACCAAACAAUUUUCUUUUUUCAUUCUUAAAAGUAAAGUCGAUUUAUCAAGUCAAAUUGAGAAAUUCGUAAUUACUUGAUUUCGGUGGACAUUCCAGAAGAAAUAAGGUUUUGUUUAUGUUUAAAUGCUUUAAAAUAGUUUUUGCUUUUGCAUUAAUAAUAAAUCAAUGGCAUACAGUUUUGUAGAGAAUUAAUGGACGUUUCAUUAAGAAAAUAUCGGUUUAAAAGAUCAUGAUGAUGUUCGAGAGUGUUUAUAUAAAAAUAGUUUUUCUAAUAGCAUUUGCUUCUGCUGGUGUUUUUCCACAUUCUCAUUCAACAACAUACUACGAAUAUAAAUUUAUCAGAGAGGAAAAAACAAGCCAACCAAAUGAUUCGAACGACUGGUGGAAAACAGCAUCAUUUUAUCAAAUUUAUCCAAGGUCAUUCAAGGAUAGCGAUGGCGACGGCGUUGGUGAUUUAAAUGGAAUACGAGAAAAACUACCCUACUUGAAGGAAAUCGGAAUUACUGCAACAUGGCUUUCGCCUAUUUUCAAAUCACCAAUGGCUGACUUUGGAUAUGAUGUUGCAAAUUUUACUGCAAUUGACCCAAUAUUUGGUUCCAUGGAUGACUUUGAUGCACUUAUUAAAGAAUCUAAAGAACUUGGUGUGAAAAUAAUUUUGGAUUUUGUACCAAAUCACUCAAGUGACGAAUGUGAAUGGUUCAAAAAGUCAAUUGAUCGUGAUCCUGAAUUUAAAGACUUUUAUAUAUGGCAUCCAGGUAGAAUUGUUGAUGGUGUCCGCCAACCACCCACAAAUUGGGUAAGUGUUUUUCGUGGCAGCGCAUGGAAAUGGAAUGAAAAACGUUCAGAAUAUUACUUGCAUCAGUUCGUAGACAAGCAACCUGAUUUAAACUACCGUAAUCCAAAAGUUAAAAGAUACAUGAAUGAAGUGCUGCGAUUUUGGUUAAAAAAAGGGGUUUCAGGGUUUCGAGUCGAUGCUGUACCUCAUGUUUUUGAAAUUGCUGCUGAUGCUGAUGGAAAUUACCCUGAUGAACCUCGUAAUGACUGGGUUACCGAUCCUGAUGACUACGGGUAUGUUGAUCAUAUAUACACAACAAAUCAACCAGAAACCGUUCAGUUAGUUUAUGAAUGGCGCAAAGUACUCGAUGACUACAGAGCUGAAAAUGGUGGCGAAGAAAGAAUUCUUAUGAUUGAAAGCUGGUCUGCUGUUGAAAUAGUAAUGGAAUAUUAUGGCAACGCCACGGCAGAUGGUGCACAAAUUCCAUUUAAUUUCUUGAUAAUAAGCUCUCUCACAAAUGAAUCGAAUGCUUAUGACUAUGCAGAAGUAAUUAACACUUGGAUGAACAAAAUGCCAAAUGGUCGAACACCAAAUUGGGUACUUGGAAAUCAUGAUAAAAACCGCGUUGGAUCGCGAAUGGGCGCAGAUCGAAUAGACAUGUUAAAUAUGCUGAUAAAAUGUCUGCCCGGUUGCAGUAUAACAUAUCAGGGUGAAGAAAUAGGCAUGACUGAUGUAUGGAUCUCUUGGAAGGACACUGUCGACCCUCAAGCGUGUAAUUCAAAUCCCUCUGUUUAUGAAAAAAUGUCUCGAGAUCCAUGUCGAACUCCUUUCCAAUGGAAUAGUGAUAAAAAUGCUGGAUUCUCAAGUGGCAAUAAGACAUGGUUACCAGUUUCUGAUCUAUAUCCCCUUGUAAAUGUUAAACGGCAGCACGAAAUUCCAUACAGCCACUUGAAUGUUUACAAAGAAUUACAGGCUUUACGUUCAGAAAAAGUUUUUACUAAUGGACAGGUUGAGAUCAAAGCGAUAAGCGAUAACGUUUUAGCAAUUAAAAGAUCACUCAUCAAUGAGUACACUUAUAUUGCGUUGCUAAACAUAAUGGAUGAUGUGGAAACUAUUAAUUUGAAUGCAAUCUUUGAUAAUUUAUCUAAUUAUCUUGAAUAUGUCGUAGUAAAUCAAAACUCUUUUCGCAAAAAAGGGGAUAAAACAUUUACUGAUGAAAUAAUUUUACUGCCAAAAGAAGGUGUUUUAUUAAGAACAACCAAUAAAUUAGAAUCUCCAGAUAAUUAUUUUAUUUAUGAGUUAUUAAGUAACAAAUAAAAGAACAGAUUAAAAAAACGGGGAUAGAAUUUCAGGCCAUCAGAUUAAUAUAUGUUUGCUCUGGUCUACAGUAACACUUACUUUAUAUUUAAUGAUAAUGUUUUAUAAAUAAAUAUUUGUUUUGAACUCA